UUAAUGAUAAUUGAUAAUAAUUUUUCUUUUUUUCUUGAGUUUGGAUUUUCGACCAUUAUGUCCAUUUAUUUUUGAGCGAUUAAAAAAUAUCAUAAUAUUAUUUAGAAUAUUAUACUGAAUUGUAUCAUCGAAUAUUCCAAUAACCGAAAUGGAUUCGGACACUGAAAAUCGGAGCGAAGAAAAUGGUGAUGCUCCUAGACACACUUUAAUUGGAAAAUGCAUUAUGAAAACCUUAAUUCAUCCUCUAGAUUAUGCUAGAUUUUUGGUGCAGAUUGGCCAUGAACCGAUGGCACCAUAUCGCUACAGAAGUAUUUUUGGUGAAGAACGAUUGUUCCUUCCUAAUUUAGUAGUUUAUGCUAAAUACAUUUAUUCAGUAGAUGGAUUUAAAGGAAUGUAUAUUGGAUUAGGUCCUAAGAUCAUGGGAAUUUGUAUUGAACAUUUUUCAUCGUCUUUAAUGUCUGAUUAUAUUCAAAUUGACAAAAAUCAAAAUAUAGAUAAUAAAGAUUCAGAUUUAGAAGUAUGGAAAAAGUGUGCAAUUAAAACAUCAAAGGAAAUGAUAUGUACAGCUACAAGUAUUAUUUUGAGCCAUCCCUUACACAUUGUUUCUAUGAGAAUGAUGGCUCAAUUUGUUGGUUAUGAACAUCGUUACACCUUAAUAUUACAAUCAGUUCUACUUAUAAACCGUGAAGAAGGAGUAAAAGGACUCUUCUCUGGUAUCAUUCCACGUCUAUUUGCUGGUUUAGGAACUGUAAUUCUUGUUAAUGUAGCAAAACAAGUAUUUUCACGUUAUGUAUUUGAUCCUUCACCCAUGACUUUGAACAUUGCUGAUUUUGCUGCUUCGUAUUUAGCUAAUGCUGCUACAUAUUCAUUUAAUGUUGUAACUGCUUGUACAGCAAUCAACAACUGCGGGUUAGCUGCUGGUAUGCCUCCUGACAUGCCUGUAUUUGGAAAUUGGUUGGAAUGUAUGAAAUACCUGUACAAAACUGAUCAGUUGAACCGUGGAUCAUCAACUUGGUUCAGACGUGUUCCACUAACAAAUUCAAAACUUCUAAAAUUGCUCUAA